AUGACUAGUACUGAGGCAGCGGUGGGUAAUGGAGACCCAAAGCCUGUUAAAGAUAGACCUUCUAUCACAAAGGAACUGGCACACUUGGCUGAGCUUAAUAGAAGCCAGAGACUUGGAAUAUCUCCUGAAUUAAGGAUUGUCGGUGCAACUGCGAUUAGUGGUCUAUAUGGCCUUCUUACCGGCUUUUAUAAUGGAUAUAAUCAGUCAUCGCUACAAUAUUUAGCAGAAAAUGCCCACCGUUUACCACGAACAAAAGGUGCAUGGUAUUUUUAUUACAAAAGAAAGAACUAUGUCGUUCUGAAAGCAUCAAUGAUCCAGUCGGUGAGGUCUGGCGUAAAAUUCGGAACUGCUGCUAUGAUGUACUUUGGAAUAGAAGCCUAUCUAGAUCAUGUGCGACAUACCAUUGAUUUUAUCUCGACAAUUGCCUCAUCCGGGACUGUAGGUGUUGCAUAUGGUAUCUUCAACAAACUGGGACGCAAACAAAUAGCACGAUCAGCUAGAUCUUUCAUGGCCUUUGGUGCUAUUAUUGGUCUAACACAGGACGGUAUGAGGUUUGCUAGAGGCAAUGAUGUAUGGUAUCUCCGAUUUCUGAGACGAAACUAA